AUGAACCAAGGGAUCGAUCCAUGGGGUCAUGAUCCCACCGCGGCGGAAGAAGAUGACGAUGAAGAGGAAGACAUUGUAUUCGACGACGAUGAAGAUGAGUUCGGACUGCCGAGUCUUUCUAGUAUGCGAAAAUCGCAAAACCGAAACAUCGGCCCGUAUCCUCUCAAAACGGUCGAUCCAGGCGGCGGAGUUCGAAACAAUGCUACGUCGACGCUUGGAGUUGGCUCAGCGAACAACCGACAGCGCGCAAACAGUGCAGACAUCGCGGAGGAGCGAGGUGCUUCCAUGUAUCCCACAGCCCGGAAGGGCGAAGGGAAGAUACUGCGUCCUCAGUAUAAAGACAUACUAAGGGACCCCGCGAACUCCUUGAAUCUGAUUAACCAUGCGCCACCCCCUAAGAACGCAACUCCAAAAGAGAUGGAGGCGUAUACGAGUCGCAUAUCGAGAAUCAACAAAUUCAAACGUCUCUUGCAAACAAGCACUGUUCCUCUUUCGGAAUUGAGGAAUUUGGCAUGGUCUGGCGUUCCUGACGAAGUGCGAGCCAUGACUUGGCAGCUGCUGCUUGGAUACCUCCCUACGAAUAGCGAACGGCGGAUCUCAACCCUUGAAAGAAAGCGCAAAGAAUAUUUGGAUGGAGUGCGACAAGCAUUUGAACGCAGUAGCGCUACGGGCUCCGGAACCCCUCCCGCCCCAACUACAGGACGUGGUAGAGGACUAGACGAAGCGAUUUGGCAUCAAAUCAGCAUAGACGUUCCCCGCACUAGCCCUCACAUCCAGCUUUACAGCUACGAAGCCACCCAGCGCUCCCUUGAAAGGAUUCUCUAUCUUUGGGCAAUUCGCCAUCCCGCCAGUGGCUAUGUCCAAGGGAUAAAUGACCUAGUCACACCCUUCUGGCAGGUCUUUCUAGGCAUGUAUGUCACAGACCUGAACGUUGAAGAGGGCAUGGAUCCAGGCCAGUUACCGAGAAGUGUACUGGAUGCCGUGGAGGCUGACUCGUUCUGGUGUAUCACUAAACUCCUUGAGGGGAUUCAAGACAAUUACAUAUAUGCGCAGCCAGGGAUUCACAGGCAGGUCAGAGCGCUGCGUGACUUGACAAUGCGGAUCGAUUCAGCUCUAGCUAAACAUCUGGAAAAUGAAGGGGUUGAGUUCAUGCAGUUCAGUUUUCGGUGGAUGAAUUGUUUGCUCAUGCGAGAAAUGAGUGUCCAGAACACCAUACGGAUGUGGGACACUUACAUGGCCGAGGAGCAAGGCUUCUCGCGAUUCCAUCUAUAUGUAUGCGCAGCCUUCCUUGUCAAAUGGUCGGAGCAGCUGGUCAAAAUGGAUUUCCAAGAGGUUAUGAUGUUCUUACAGGCCCUGCCAACAAGGGAUUGGACAGAGAAAGACAUAGAGCUUCUUCUAAGCGAGGCAUUCAUUUGGCAAAGUCUAUUCCAGGACUCUCGGGCUCAUCUUCGUCCCGCUGGUGACCGGUCCCCCGAGAAUGGCUUGCAAUGA